CUCCACCGUAGCUCGAGAGGAUUCUCAAACAGCUCCUGCGACAGACACAAUAGCUUAUUCCUUACUUCUAAGACUUUUCGUGGCGUGUCGCGAAAUCUAGAAUUGUCCGGGGGCGUAUUUAUUUAAAGGCGAUGGCUGACCGAAAAAGAAUCAAUGGCCCGCCCAGCGGCACGAAGCCUCCGGUCUUUGCGUCGUCCACCAAGGCCAGUGGAAGACCACAGCGCCAAAGACAGCCGAACGACCUGCGCAAACUGUUCCUGAAAACUGGUCUCAUUCCCUCUGCUUCGGGGUCCGCCUAUCUUGAAUUCGAACCAUCCGCCUCCCUCUCCGCCGCACGCUCAUCACCUCAGUCUCUAAUUCCUCCCUCCUCAGCUUUGAAGCUCGCAUGCACAGUUCACGGGCCUAAGCCGCUGCCGCGAUCUGCCACCUUCUCACCAAACUUGGUCCUAACGACGCACGUCAAAUACGCCCCGUUCGCGGCCCGGACGAGAAAAGGGCAUAUCCGCGAUUCCAGCGAGCGUGAUCUCGGGGUACACUUAGAAACUGCUCUCAGGGGUGUGAUUGUCGCUGAACGAUGGCCGAAGAGUGGGCUGGACAUCACCAUCACAAUUCUGGAGGCCGAGGAUGAUCGCUGGUGGGGUGAUACGCCGGACUCGCAUGACGCUCCCUGGGGGAUGAUGAAUGUACUGGCUGGGUGUAUCACGGCUGCAUCUGCAGCGAUUGCCGAUGCCCGGAUCGACUGUAUUGACCUGGUAACUGGGGGCGUCGCAGCCCUGGUCUCGGAUCAAACCGCGGAGGGUGACGCUUCCAGCCCGAAAUUAAUGCUGGAUACGGACCCAGCGGAGCACAAGGCUAUCCUGUCGGCCUGUGUAGUCGCAUAUAUGCCCUCACGGGAUGAGAUCACAGAGCUAUGGCUGAAGGGGGACAGCUCAAGUGUGUCAUUGGAAAAAGGCGAUAGCCGCUCGGGGCAUGACGCCUUGAUAGAUGGAGCGGUGGAUGCAGCUCGGGGUGCGCAUACGGUCCUGGCAGAGGCUGUGAGAGAAUCCGCAGCGCGGCAUUCCGGCUUGCCAGUAGAUGCGGCCACUACUUAAUGAAUUUCAGACAAAGAGACCAAUUUUAUCAGUCAUUCAAGAACAUUGUUUCCCUUCUCUCUUCUGUUUAUUUUCUGCGAGCACUGCACUGUCAAUGGGCUGCUGUUAUUCUAUUCCCCCACCCUCUCAUCUUUCCGUCCGCUGCCACUGCGUCUCGGCGACAUCGUCAUGACGACCUCUCCCAUCGUUGACGACCUGGGUGAAUGAUUCACA